AUGUCGGGGACGGUGGCUGACAUUUCGCUGGUGCACUGGAAGCAGCAGUGGCUGGAGAACGGCACCCUCUACUUCCACGUCUCCAUGAGCAGCGCCGAGCAGCUCUCCAGGACCACCCCCCCGAGCCUCCAGGAACCUUCGGAGAUCGUGGAGGAGCAGAUGCAUAUUCUUCAUAUCUCGGUCAUGGGUGGGCUGAUCGCGCUGCUCCUGCUCCUCUUGGUCUUCACGGUGGCCCUGUACGCCCAGCGGCGCUGGCACAAGCGCCGCCGCAUCCCGCAGAAGAGCGCCAGCACCGAGGCCACCCACGAGAUCCACUACAUCCCCUCGGUGCUGCUGGGCCCCCAGGCCCGCGAGAGCUUCCGCAACUCGCGCCUCCAGGCCCACAACUCGGUCAUCGGGGUGCCCAUCCGCGAGACCCCCAUCCUGGAUGACUACGAGGACGAGGAGGAGGAGGAGACACCACGGCGGGCAGAGCCGAGCACCAGGGAGGAUGAGUUUGGCAGCCAAGUGACACGGACGCUGGAGAGCCUGGGCCGGGGAGGGGAGGAGAAGCCUGACUAUGAAAAGAAAGCUCCCGAGGUGACGCAGGAGACGGUGGAGUCCCUGAUGCAGAAGUUCAAGGAGAGCUUCCGCACCAACACGCCGAUUGAGAUCGGGCAGCUCCAGCCCGCGCUGCGCAGCACAUCCGUGGGGAGACGGAAACGCCGGAGCCGACCCCGAGGUGGGAUCGGCUUUGGCCGUGCCAAAGGCAACUCCGGCUCGGAGGCGGACGAUGAAACCCAGUUAACCUUCUACACCGAGCAGUAUCGGAGCCGGAGGCGAAGCAAAGGUUCGAUGAAGAGCCCCGUCAACAAGACGGCGCUGACCCUCAUCGCCGUCAGCUCCUGCAUCCUGGCCGUGGUGUGUGGCUCCCAGCUCUCCUGCCCGCUGACCGUCAAGGUGACACUUCAUGUGCCUGAGCACUUCAUCGCGGACGGCAGCAGCUUCGUUGUGAGCGAAGGGAGCUACUUGGACAUCUCCGACUGGCUUAACCCAGCCAAGCUGUCCCUCUACUAUCAGAUCAAUGCCACAUCCCCCUGGGUGAGAGACCUCUGUGGACAGAGGACCACUGAUGCCUGUGAACAGCUGUGUGACCAAGAGACAGGAGAGUGCAGCUGCCACGAAGGCUACGCCCCAGACCCCGUCCAUCGCCACUUGUGUGUACGCAGCGACUGGGGACACAGCGAAGGGCCGUGGCCCUACACGACACUCGAGCGGGGAUAUGACCUGGUCACAGGAGAGCAAGCACCGGAGAAGAUCCUCAGGUCCACCUACAGUUUGGGUCAAGGCCUGUGGCUGCCUGUCAGUAAGAGUUUCGUGGUGCCCCCCGUGGAGCUUUCCAUCAAUCCUCUCGCCAGCUGCAAGACAGAUGUUCUGGUGACGGAAGAUCCAGCAGAUGUCAGGGAAGAAGCGAUGCUGUCCACCUACUUUGAAACCAUCAAUGACUUGCUCUCCUCCUUCGGGCCCGUCCGAGACUGUUCCCGCAACAACGGUGGCUGCACCCGCAACUUCAAGUGCGUUUCGGAUCGCAAGGUGGACUCCACGGGCUGCGUGUGCCCUGAGGACCUCCGGCCCAUGAAGGAUGGCACCGGUUGCUACGACUACUCCAAAGGGAUCGACUGCUCGGAUGGCUUCAACGGCGGCUGUGAGCAGCUCUGUCUCCAGCAGACCCUCCCUCUGCCCCACGACCCCUCGUCCAGCACCAUCUUCAUGUUCUGCGGGUGCGUGGAGGAGUACAAGCUGGCCCCGGAUGGGAAGUCCUGCCUGAUGCUCUCUGACAUCUGCGAGGGCCCCAAGUGCCUGAAGUCGGAUGCCAAGUUCAACGACACCCUCUUUGGGGAGAUGCUUCACGGCUAUAACAACAGGACCCAGCACGUCAACCAAGGGCAGGUGUUCCAGAUGAGUUUCAG